GUUUUUGCCGAGUGUAAUACAUACCAAAACACAAUAAUUGGUUUGUAUUUACGUGAAGAAAACAUUGAAAAAAGGAGAACUUCAAGACGUCAACUUACUUUUGUUGUUGUUGUAAUUGCCCUGCGAAUGGUGAGAAGGAUUUGUUUGAUGAAAUAAAAACGUCAUUUAUCAUAAAUAAUUUUGGAGGACUCAAGAUGGAACAGUAAUACAAAGGUAAUAGUUACUUGGAGGACUCAAGAUGGAACAGUAAUACAAAGGAGAAUAUACCCCGAAAAGUUAACUGAAAAUAUCGCAUCAUUUCAAUUGAAAUGGAUUCAGAAUAUCUGAAGAGGCAUGUCGGAAAAGCAUUAUCUGAAGGUCUUGCAGAAAUUUGCUUAAAGAAACCAACUGAUCCUAUUGAAUAUUUGGCGUUGUGGCUGAGGAAAUAUGUUGAGAAUGGAGUGUAUGAUUUUAAGCAAAGAGAAGAGUCCAUGCUAUUGAUAAAAGAACAAGAAAUUGCUGAAAAGGAAGCAUCUAAUCAAGCAAAAAUGAGAGAGGAAGCAAAGAUACUUGCCCAUACAGAAGAAAGUACAAGAGAGACAGCUGAACAUGUUGUUAUUGACAAUGCUUCUCGUAUCAACCCAACUGAAGUCAAACAAUCUCUUGAGACUGUCACAGAAGUAGAGGGACAAAAUAUCACUGUGGAGAAACCUCAAAAUACUGAAACAUUUGGAGAAACUCCAUUGGCUCAAAUACCAGAAGAAGUCAGCGAUACUCAUUCUGAUGAUCCCAAUGACUGAAAUUGUAAAAAUAUCACUGAUAAUCAAUAAAAUUGUUAUUUAUAGUUUUCCAAACAAAUUUUACAAUAAAGCAUUGAAUAAUAUUCUAGU